AUCUGAAAAUCCCAAAUGCGAGAGCAGCGCGAAAUUUAAUUCUUAGGGUUAAGGUUUUAACCCGCAGGGGUUCGAUAUCAUUCUCCAUUUUCGCGUUGCACUCUCAUCGGCAACAUAUUUUCGUUCCGAUACUUGGAUUUCCAUGGCGACGGCAACAGUGAAUGCUCCACCAAAGAGGAAGCCUGUGUUUAUAAAAGUAGAAGAGCUAAAGCCUGGUACCAGCGGCCACACUCUCACGGUCAAGGUGGUGAUCUCCAAAAAUGUGAAGGCUGUCAAUAAAGGUGGACGAUCCACCGUGAUUGCGGCUCGCCCUCAGCAAUUAACUCGAAUCUCUGAAUGUCUUGUUGGUGAUGAGACUGGUUGCAUCGUCUUCACAGCUCGAAACGACCAAGUUGAUAUCAUGAAGCCAGGAAACACUGUGACCCUGCGGAAUGCAAAGGUCGACAUGUUUAAAGGUUCUAUGAGGUUAGCAGUAGAUAAAUGGGGUCGAAUUGAAGUCGCUGAACCAGGCAACUUUGAGGUUAAAGAGGACAACAAUCUGUCACUGGUUGAAUAUGAAUUGGUUAAUGUUGAAGAAUGAGUUCCAACAAUGCAGUGUUAAAUGUCAAUUAUCAUGGAUUUACUUUCUAUUGUGUGGUGACCGUACUGCUAUUUAACUGGUAUACAGUUUUAUAUGGCAACACAAAUCUUGGCAAGGGUAAUAUAAGUUGAUUAUUGCUGUGUGCCUACUAAGUUCUACAUGCUUAAUUCCUAAUGUGAUAAAGAUCUGAAAAGAGAACUUCAAUAGUUA